AUGGACACUGACGGAUCGAGGGCCAAUUCCACAUUAGGCUCAGUCGUCAGUGAUGGCAGCACUAAAUAUGCUCACAGCAGUCCAAUUUUACAAUCAAAUAGAAUUCAAUCCUUCAACGAUAUUGGCUCAAACUCAAUGGGCAAAAUGGACGCGCCGACCUCGCGACCGUGUGCUAUAAUCGGACCUGAUAGAGUGCUGCCAUCCAACGCUGGUGAUGUUUAUUUAAAAAAAACAGUUGCUCCUUGGCCAUGUCCAGAAAAUGUUUAUCGCCAUACAACUGAUUACCAAAGUAAGCUACCUGAAUAUCAACCAAACAGAAACAUAUCACCAAGACAGACAUUCCAAGAGAAUAUGCAGCGCAUAAUGGUCCCGCCUACUUAUAGUUCAAUAAAAAUACCUGAGGAAUCGAGCUCAAAAAAUACCAAAUUAAAUAUGCCUCACGAGGCUAAAUACUGUGAUGUGCCUUAUAAUAAUUCUGUGAAUAAUGAACUUAAAAGUGUAAGAAAUCCUGACAUUCCUAUAACAAACAUGAACCCUGCUUUUGGCAGAAGUGUGCCGCCAUAUGGUUGGCCUCCUGGUGUAAAUGUGCGACCCUUGCGACCUUAUGGUGCUCCUGAUUUCUAUCAGUAUUCAGAAUAUCCCAGUUGUGCUGGAACAAGACCGACGCUUCGUCAACAUCAAGCACUGAAUGGAGAAUCUACACAAAUGUUUCCUGAUCAUCUAUACCAAGAUUCAAAUAUCCGUUUUAAGCCAUAUCCAUUGGCUAAGGAACGGCAUCCACAAGUAAGGUAUGAUUACAUAAAUAAUUAUCCUAGUUCAUUUCACCCAUCAAACCCAUUCCCACCUCAUAGAUAUGACUUACAGAAGUCAAUUCAUGGCCAUCCGUAUCCUGUAUAUCCCCAAAUACCAGUAAAGUACUUAGACAGAAGAAUCCAUGAGCCUAUACCAGAUUCCUAUCAGAGGUCUUCUAAUACACCAAAUUUUAUGGCAUACAGAAAUCAACCUGUUGCUCCUCCAUAUGGUCCAUUAUCAGGUAACUGUAUUCAAAAUAAGCCAUAUCCUCUUGAUGGCUCUUCAAAGCCUAAUAAUAAAAUACAUUUUGAGCCGAAUAGUAAAGUAUAUGUUGAUCUUGAACCAAAACAUAACAAAGGUUAUCCUAUUCCUGAUAACAUUUAUUUAAAUGAGAUGAAUCACCAUCAAUCUUUGAGGGGUGAUAUAUUGCUACCUCCUAAUUCUACACUGAGUAUGCAUACGGUACCCCAACACGCGAUCUAUAGAAAAGAUAAUGCAUAUCCCAAAAACUUUGAAUACAAUAUACAAUAUAGGAAUCUUGAUCAGCCCAUGAAUAAUUCACUACCUAGAUUCCCAUUACAAUAUUCACCAAACACGUUAGCCAUAUCGCCCUCAGAUUCAAACACUAGCAAUGAUACAGCGCUAACUUUAGGCGCACCUCAAGAGGACUGUGGUUAUGUUAGUCAAUCUUCAACUACAAGUGUAAGAAGUUUAGAUUCUUACAAUAUACAAGCCACAAACGACACUUUAAGAAGACAUAACUAUAACAAUUAUGGUAUACAGAGAAACAACGGAAAAGAAAUGAUAUCUAAAAGAAAAAGUAGUACUUCUGAUAAAAAAAAUAUUAAUGUUAGACAGUUUUUACAAAUGUGGAACGAAGGAGAUGACGAUAUUAGUGAAACCAAUAAAGAAACUGUGACAUCAAAUGAUUCUACUAAGAAUGAUGAGGAACAACUUUAUGUGCUAGGUUUAGUUAAUGUUCCUAGUGACGAAAUCGGAAAGUAUGAGCAUAUUCAAAAAAUUUCAAAAUUGCCGGAAAAUAUUAAAGGCUACAAUAGCUUGGAGCUAUUAAAUCAGUAUGAAGAACUUUUAGAACCUUCAAAUACCGAUAAAUUUACGUCUAAGCCAAUAAUGACGAGACAAUGUAACCUUCCGCUAAGAAAUAUAAUAAAUAAGGAACAUAUAACAGUUCCUCGUCCGAUAUCGCCGUUAGAUGUUGAAGCAAAAAUAAGUCAAUCUGUAAUUCACAAAGAAGUAGGUUGUAAUUUCGAAAUUAAACCUUGUAGUCCUGAAAUGUUAAAUGUCGAAGUAGCGACGCCAGUACAAAAUAUAUUGGGUGAAAGAUCAAUAGAAAAAAUCGUUAAUCCAGUCAUAACACAUUCACCGUUAUUGCAUGUCGAUGAGAGUGAUAUAAAAACUUCAAAUAUUAUUAAAAAUACGAGUUGCAACAUGACAAAUCACCCGUUCACAACAGAACCGGCCAACGGCAAUAUAAAGGCUAAUCAUUACAGUACACAAGAUCUUGAAACCAAUUCUGGUGUAUGCUUAGCGUCUUUACCGCAACUUGACAAUGAUUUGGAACUAAAUUUCCCUGAAAUUAACCAACAGUUUAUUAAUGCAAACAAAAAAGUAUCAAAUGCUAUUACGUCUCCAAAAAUUUCAAGUUUUGUAGAUACAGACACGAAAUCUAAUCAAUUAAAUGAAAAAUCCGCUCAUCAGCAGAUAAAUUUAUUGUCUCCUCGCAAUGCUUCCAAUACAGAGAAAGAAGUUUCAAAGCUAAGUAAAUACAGGAAAAACAAAAAAGUAGAACCGUCUACUCCUUCUCCUAAUGAUUUUGCGAAAACAAUUAUCUCCCCUAUCACAACGCAGAGAAUAGACAGUGUUAUAAUAAAGAAUCCCGAAAAUAUAAAAUUACAGGAAAUUCAAUCUAAUACAAGUUACGGUUUAAACACUUUACUUGAAGAUCAUAAUGACACUUUUGAUAACAAUAACCUUUCUUUAGAAAAAGCGAUUGAUUUUAGUUUAAAUAAGAUCGAUGUCGAUGUACCUAUAGAAAAUACCGUACUUAAUAAUAUGAAUUGUACGGACAAUCCUAUAGCAGAAGAACAUUGUGACGCAAAUACAACUUGCAACAAUGUAAGUGCGGAAGUUAUAUUAAAUAAAAAUGAGUUUACAUUAGGACUUGACAAUAAUCCUGAAGAUAAAAAUGAUCAAGCUACAACAACACAUGAAAAUAUAACUGAAAAUCAUAAAGAUAUGUCUACAUUACUACAGAGUUCACAUGAAGAAAAUAAACAUACAACAAUAAUGUCUGUCAAUAAUGAUAAGCAUGAGGAUAAGUUUUCAAGAAAAAUCCUUCAAAAUAUUGGUUAUGAAGACCGAGAUGAGCCCGUUACAACAUCAGAAACUGUAUCAGAAAACUUUCCAAUAAAACAAGAUAUAUUUCCACUUAAUCUUCAACAAGAAACUGAAGAUCAAACUCAUAUCAAACAUAACGAAAAUAUUUUCUCCUAUCAAGAAAAUAUUGUUGAAUGUGUAAAAGCGGAACAAGAUGAGUUUUCAAAUGCUUGUGAAUUUCCAAACUCAACUCAUAACAAUAGUUUCGAAGAAAUUUUAUCUGAAAAAUCUAAGGAUAGUCCUAUGGAACAACAUUUUAGCAAUUUAAUUGAUGAUAAUGCCUCCAAAACUGAAUAUCCGAUAUUGAGUGUGAUACAUAGUCUACAAACUAGAGAUGAAGUUUCUAUAAUUCCUGAUAUACAAUCAACUAACAAUGAGUUUAACAAAUCCGUCAUAAAUCAAAGUGAAAUACAAACAUCGAAUAUUACUAUGCAAAAAGUAUCAGAUGCUGCAGGCGUCAUUUCGAACAUUUCCUUACCAAUAUUAGACACCUCAGAAAAAGACAAUGAAUUUUUCGAUAGUAUCACGAACAGUGAAAUUGAAAAAAAUGAAAAGAUAACAACUGUAUCUGAUACACAUGAGAAUAUCAAUACGGGCGAUGAGGAUAAAUUGACUCAAACCAAAGAAAAACUAGACGUGUGUGUUCAACAAAACGAGGAUAAUGAAGCGUCUAUUAUUUCAGCUGACACUAAUUUAACACAAGCAACUGAUGAAUUAGAUAACGAUAUACCCGACCAUCCUGAAUUCAACAUAAAAGAAAACAAUACUGAUAUCGAACAUAUCUCAAAUUCACCUUCCAGCACUGAGUCAAUCGAACCCAGAGACCAAAACUUUUACGUCGAAAUUCAACAUUUCCACAAGAAUGAAGAAAAUUUUAAUCCUAUAGAAGAUGAUACUCAGGUGAAUCGGACAGAACCAAAUGGCAGUUGUGAAGUGAAAAGGCUGGACACAAAUUUACUCGAACACUUUGAGUCCGAGAAAUUACUUGAUCCACAACAAUUUAAUGAUGUUUUCAAUAACAAUGAAAAAGUAACGGAUGGUGAAGAUUUGCCGUCCAUUUCUUUAGAGAUACAAACAGAUAAUAAAAUAAGCACUAACAUAGAUCCUAUAAUAAAUGAAACUCCUACGCUUAAUAGGGGUGAUUUACUCAAUUAUGUUGAAGAAAAAACUAUAGAAGAUAAAUCAGAAAAUGAUAUGAGUUCCUCAAAAUCUAACAUCGCUCAAAAUGAACGUGAGCUGAAUAAAAAUGAGUCCGAUAUCGAUUUAAAUUGUGAAGAACGUUCUAUUAAUAACAAUACCAUAUUAAAUGAAACAAAAAAUAUAAACAUUGAUACUGAAAUGAGUAUUGAUGAUCGAAGUAAAUUUGGUUGUACACAAAUUUGUACUAAUAACAAUGUUGAAACAAAGAGCAGUGGUGCUUUUUAUCCUAAAAGUGUAAAAAAAUAUAAGAAUCUAUUUUCUCCUUGGCUACAAAAACUAAUUAUGCAUACUGAAGGAACUUGCGUGACCAAUAAGGAAAUACGAAGUGAAGAAAGAUUUAUUGGAGAUGGGGAUGAAUUUCAGGCUAUACCAAAAUCGGUUGAAAACAAAGAAGAUAUUAAUGUAAAUGAAGACUUAGAACAUCACUUAAAAGAAGACAUAUCUGUUAAUGAAAAUUAUAUCCAAGAAAAUAUUAUUGAUACGAAUGACACUACUUUAGUACUUAUAUUAUCCUCGGAAAAUCCAAAGGAUGACUUGAAAUCUGUUGAUGAUAUCAAAAAGUGUGUUGAUACAGCACCAAAUGAGACAUUAGGUCCAAAAUUUGAAAAAAGUUCGGAAAAUGAAAUGGAAGUUCCUACAAAACUUAAUAAUAGGACACAGUUCUUUGGGAAUAAACCUAAGAAAAUAUUAAAAAGAUCCCUUUCUGAAUCAGCCAUAGAUAACAGGACUGAUGCGGAUUCAAACCUGUUAACACCUAGUAAAAAGAGGAAAGUAAACAAUAUCCUUGAAUCAAAUAUAACAGCAGAGGAUUUGUGCAACAUAGUUCAGAAUAACAGAAGAAAUUCAAUAUCAACAUUUUAUAACGAAGAAAGUGUAUAUAUUUUGAUAGACAAUGAUCUAAUAAUUACAGAAGAAAACGAAGAGUCAGAUAAAAUAUGUUUCGCUGAUAGUGAUGUAUGUAUCCCCCAUGAAGAAAAUGAACCAGUGUUUGAGCAGACAGACAAUACUAUUGAAAAUGAUGAUUAUAUUAAUGGGUUCCAAGACGAUGACGAAAAAAACACAGAAGAAUCGUGGUACGAAGAUGUAGCAUGUAUAGAAACAGUAUUUAGUGACGAUGUAGCCGAAGAUAUUACAAUAGAUGAAAAUAAAUCUCCAAAAAUAGCAACUGAAGAAGAUAGUGAACACGAUGACUCACAUAUCUUUGAAGAAAUGCGAGAAUGUGAACAUAUCAAUAAAAUCCGUAAUAUAUAUGGUGAUUCUAAUGAAAAUAUACAGUUAUUAGAAACAUUGUACAGAACACCACAUAUGGAUAUUAACAAAAGUCUAGUUGAUAUAGAAUCUCAUAAUUUAGAAGCUUGUUUUUUACAAGAAGAAACUUCACCAACACAUGGUCAUGAUGAGGACACAAACAAGUUAGAGAACUUUCAUUUGCGUCAACGCAAUUGUUUAGUCGACGAUAAAGAAAAUCUUUCAAAUGAUUCAAUUGUAGAGACUAAUAAUAUGAAAACAUACGGCGACGUUAAAGAGAAUAAGGUUAAGGUUUUAUUUUCCGAUGAUAAAAGUCUCGAUGAGCGUUUCUUCAAUUCUUGUGAAAGUAGCAAUGAUAAUUUUAUUUCAAAUAUCCAAAAAGAUAAUUCACAUUAUUCGUAUUCAAGUUCCCCUGAAGUAUCUUCCACAACGUCUGAAGAAAAAGGCAUACUAUUGAAAAUAACUAACUAUAACGGAUCCAGGUCCUCUCAGAUAAACGAAAUGCCUGAUGACAUGAACAAAAUCAGUUACAAACUUACUGAGAAUCAAGAAUAUCGAAGUUACAAAUCAAACUUCAGUUCCUCGAGAACAUUGAUUACCAAAGCAGCUCAGAAAUACAUACCACCAUUAAAAGAAACUGUUGGUGAUUUAAAAGUCAAAUUACCAUUGCCUCAACACCACCUCAACAAACUUAAGCAGCUUAAAAUUUCAAAGAUUGAACCAAAGAUCACUGAAAACAUUAUUAGAUAUAAAAAUAGAAAUCUAAAAGUAGACAUACCAAAAAAAGUCAAACCAAAAUUCGAGGAUGUCCUUAAGAGUAUAGACGAGAUACAAUUUAAGAAAAGGAAAGAUAAAGUUAAAAAAGGUAAAAGUGAAAUACCAAAAGUGGUUAUAAAGAAAGGCGAAGAUGGGGCGCACUACACUAGUAGUAAACCGAUGAAUAAUGAAGUGUACAAUCCAGAUCUAACCGGAAGGAAAUGGCAACCCUGGGUGUUUCUGGAAAAGAAUAAUUUCAUUGAUAGGAUGGCAAUCAAAAAGAAACAAAAAGCCAUAUAUUGUCAUAGAAAAAAGACGUAUAUCCUAGCUGACAAAUUUCGUAAAUAUAAAUCGGUUUAUAACGCCAAAUUCGUAAUCACACAACCAAAAUCGAGUACCACAAAUGGUAAUUUAAAAUACACUAUCAGAUUACAACACAAAUGA